AGCUCUGAUGGGCUGGCGUGCAGGCUGCGGAUCCCCGGAGACGAGUUAGCGGCUAGGUUCGUGAUCUGGAGAGACGCUCAGGUUAUUAGGUUCCUGCAACUUAACUGGGAACUGAUCAAGAUUUCAAGCUAAGAUGGUGGUGAUGAACAGCCUAAGGGUCAUUCUUCAAGCAUCUCCAGGCAAAUUGCUGUGGAGAAAGUUCCAGAUUCCGAGAUUCAUGCCAACGAGGCCCUGCAGCCUCUAUACUUGUACUUACAAAACCCGGAACCGAGCCUUGCAUCCACUCUGGGAGAGCGUGGACCUGGUUCCCGGGGGUGAUCGACAGUCACCCAUCAACAUUCGGUGGAGGGACAGUGUUUAUGAUCCCGGCUUAAAACCGCUCACCAUCUCUUAUGACCCAGCCACCUGCCUCCACAUCUGGAAUAAUGGGUACUCUUUCCUCGUGGAAUUUGAAGAUUCUACAGAUAAAUCAGUGAUCAAGGGAGGACCCCUGGAACACAACUACCGAUUGAAGCAGUUCCAUUUUCACUGGGGGGCCAUCGAUGCCUGGGGUUCUGAGCACACCGUGGACAGCAAAUGCUUCCCAGCAGAGCUAGGCAAACAUCAUAAAGAGCUACAGAAAUUAGUGGAUACUUUGCCGUCAAUUAAGCAUAAGGACACCCUUGUGGAAUUUGGGUCAUUUGACCCUUCCUGCCUGAUGCCUACCUGCCCAGAUUACUGGACCUACUCAGGGUCUCUGACUACCCCACCCCUCUCCGAGUCUGUCACCUGGAUCAUUAAGAAGCAACCAGUAGAGGUUGAUCACGAUCAGCUUGAGCAAUUUCGAACCCUGCUUUUCACUUCUGAAGGGGAGAAGGAGAAAAGAAUGGUGGACAACUUCCGCCCUCUUCAGCCACUGAUGAAUCGCACUGUCCGUUCAUCCUUCCGGCAUGAUUAUGUGCUGAAUGUACGAGCGAAAUCCAAGCCGGUGACCAGCCAAGCAACCUCCUAAAACGUGCAUAUCUAGGCAGUAUUUUGCUUUUGCUAUAAUAUAUACUAGCUUACUAAAAAUUGUU